CUUUGGCCUCAACAUGUGGAUUAGGCAGCUUUUCCAGUCCUCACAUCUCCAGUGGGCUUGGAGGGCAGCCUUCCUGAAACACAAGCAGUGUGGGCACCAGGGAGCCCGGCGAUGGACACAUUCUGAAGGUGGCCCCUACCGAGCAGUCAUUUUCGACAUGGGUGGAGUUCUCAUUCCUUCUCCAGGGAAAGUGGCUGCCGAAUGGGAGGUACAAAAUCAUAUCCCUUCGGGAACUAUAUUGAAGGCCUUUGUCUCGGGUGGCGAAAAUGGACCCUGGAUGAAGUUUAUGAGAGGAGAAAUGACAAAAGAAGAUUUCUUACAAGAAUUUGGGAGACUCUGUUCUGAAAUUUCAAAGACCUCUGUGCCUGUGGACUCCUUUUUCUCUCUGCUGACCAGUGAGCAAGUGGCGAAGCAGUUCCCAGUGAUGACUGAGGCCAUAACUCAAAUUCGGGCAAAAGGCCUUCAGACUGCAGUCUUGAGCAAUAAUUUUUAUCUUUCCAAUGGCAAAAGCUUUUUGCCCCUGGACCGGAAACAGUUUGAUGUGGUCGUGGAGUCCUGUCUAGAAGGUGUCUGUAAGCCAGACCCCAGGAUAUACAAGCUGUGCUUGGAGCGGCUCGGCCUGCAGCCUUCUGAGUCCGUCUUCCUCGAUGAUCUUGGACAGAACCUCAAAGCAGCGGCCAGCCUUGGUAUUCGCACCAUUAAGGUUGAUGACCCAGAGGCUGCAGUAAAGGAAUUAGAAACUCUUUUGGGGUUCACCUUGAGAAGGGUCGUUCCAGACACUCGCCCUGUAGGAAAGACAAUGGAAAUUCCACACGAUGCCUUGAAGAAGUACCUCAAAGGCCUACUGGGGACCCCGACCACAGGCCCAUUGGAACUCCUUCAGUUUGAUCAUGGACAGUCAAAUCCAACUUACUACAUCAGGCUGGCUGACCAUCAGCUGGUUCUGAGGAAGAAACCCCCAGGGACACUCCUUCCCACUGCCCAUGCUGUAGAGAGGGAAUUCAGGAUCAUGAAAGCCCUUGCAGGUGCUGGAAUACCUGUCCCCAAAGUUCUUGACCUCUGUGAAGAUUCGAGGGUCAUUGGCACGCCCUUCUACCUGAUGGAGUACUGCCCAGGCCUCAUCUACAAAGACUCCUCUCUGCCAGGCUUGGAGCCCAGCCAGAGGCGGGCCAUAUAUGCCGCCAUGAACAGAGUCUUGUGCAAACUUCACAGUGUGGACUUCAAGGCUGCGGGCCUAGAAGACUACGGGAAACAUGGGGACUACAUUCCACGCCAGGUGCAAACCUGGAUCAAGCAGUAUCGAGCCUCAGAAACCAGCACCAUCCCGGCAAUGGAGAGGCUCAUCGAAUGGCUACCGCUUCAUCUUCCCAGGCAGCAGAAGCUCACAGUGGUGCACGGGGACUUCAGGCUGGACAACCUGCUGUUCCAUCCAGAAAAGAACGAGGUGCUUGCUGUCCUUGACUGGGAACUUUCUACUUUAGGCGACCCCCUUGUAGAUGUGGCCCACAGCUGCAUGGCUCACUACCUGCCAUCCAGUUUCCCCAUACUGCCAGGUCUGAGUGGCUGUGAUUUGACUCAGCUGGGCAUCCCUGCUGCAGAGGAGUAUUUCAGGACGUACUGUCUUCACAUGGGGAUCCCUCCCGCUGAGAACUGGAACUUCUACAUGGCUUUCUCCUUUUUCGGAAUGGCUGCAGUCCUGCAGGGAGUGUACAAGGGCUCACUCACAGGGCAAGCAAGCUCAGCAACCGCCGAACAAAGCAGAAAGCUGAGUGGCUUUCUUUCCGACCUGGCGUGGGAGUUUGCAGUCAAAGAAGGAUUCCGGAUUUUCAAAGAGACGCCAGACACAAAGCCAUUAACCAGGUCCUACCACACGUGGGCUGGUCCACGGUCCCUGCUGAGCACCCCAGGAACAAGGCGUUGUACCCCUCUUCGAGAAUUUUCCUCAGCUCAUGCCUCAAAAGGAGCUCUGGCUCUCUCCCCAGAGGGCCUUUCCCCGCCCGCCAGGGAGCCGUAUCAGCAGCUGAAGCAGUUUAUGGAACAAAACGUGUAUCCCGCCGAGCCAGAACUGCAGAGUCACCAAGCCUCCUCGGAGAGGUGGACCCCUUCCCCACUGGUCGAAGAUCUCAAGGAGAAAGCCAAGGCUGAAGGACUGUGGAACCUGUUCCUCCCGUUGGAGACUGAUCCCGAGAGAAAAUACGGAGCAGGACUGACCAACGUCGAGUACGUGCACCUGUGUGAGCUCAUGGGCACGUCUCUGUAUGCUCCCGAGAUAUUUAACUGUUCUGCUCCAGACACAGGGAACAUGGAGCUUCUGGUGCGCUAUGGCACUGAGGAGCAGAAGGCCCGCUGGCUGGUCCCACUGCUGGAGGGAAGGGCCCACUCCUGUUUUGCUAUGAAAGAACCCCAGGGCGCCUUGUCCGACGCCACCAACACCGAGUCUUCCAUCAGAGAGGAUGGCUUCUAUGUCAUCAAUGGCCACAAGUGGUGGAUCUCAGGCAUCCUGGAUCCUCGCUGCCAGCUCUGCGUGUUCAUGGGAAAGACGGACCCGCACGCCCCACGCCACCGGCAGCAGUCCAUGCUCUUGGUUCCCACGUACACCCCGGGGAUCCAAGUCAUUCGGCCCCUGACGGUGUAUGGGCUGGAGGGCGCACCAGGUGGCCAUGGUGAAGUCCUGUUUGAGCAGGUGCGCGUGCCCAAAGAGAGCAUGGUCCUGGGCCCCGGCCGAGGCUUUGAGAUCGCCCAGGGCAGACUGGGUCCCGGCAGGAUUCAUCGCUGCAUGCGGCUGAUCGGGCACUCGGAGAGGGCCCUGGCGCUCAUGAAGGCCCGUGUGAAGUCCCGUGUGGCCUUUGGAAAGCCCCUGGUGGAGCAGGGCACGAUCCUGGCAGACAUCGCCCAGUCGCGUGUGGAGAUCGAGCAGGCCCGGCUGCUGGUGCUGAAAGCUGCCCACCUCAUGGACAUGGCAGGAAAUAAGGCUGCAGCUUUAGAUAUUGCCAUGAUUAAAAUGGUGGCCCCCUCCAUGGCGUACCGGGUGAUUGAUCGCGCUGUUCAGGCCUACGGAGCAGCAGGGCUGAGCAGCGACUACCCCCUGGCUCAGUUCUUCGCCUGGGCCCGAGCGCUGCGCUUUGCUGACGGCCCUGACGAGGUGCACAGGGCGGCAGUGGCCAAGAUGGAGCUGAAGAGCCGCGUUUAGAUGCAGGACCGCUGGGGCCAGACGGCCCUGCCUGCCACGACACCCGCAGGUGAAGUGAUUGCUUUGAAAGGCCUGGUGCAUGUGAUUCUUGCACCCUGUCGGCAGCUGUGUCCUGGGACAGUCACUGUGAACACAGCCUUUUUGGGUCCCCACAGAAGGCAUUUCUGUGAGAAUCCUUGAGCUUGCUGUGAGGCAAGGAGGAGGGGCAUUCGCUGAAAGCGGAGUGGGUUUCAGGGCAGAGCCUGGCAGCUGGUCUUCGGCCUCCGUGCCAGGCAGGCAGCCCAUGCGCCCUCUCUCUCUGGCUGUGAUGAGUGCGGCUGUGGGAAU